AUGGAGAGAAUUAAUAGCUCUUCAAUAAUAUCAAGAAGAUCACCCGAAGCUGAAACUGAAUUGAUCAGUAAUAGGGAGAGUUGUGAUUUUAGUAAUUUAGAUAUAAUAUCUGAAUCAACUAUCGAUUCAACAAAUACUAAUUCUACAGAUAGUAGUGCCAUACCAUCACUUGAAAAUAUAACCUCAGGUUCAGGAAAAAAAACUACGUGGACGAAAACUUUCCUUUUAUCUUAUAGUACAUUAGGAUCAAUUUAUGGUGAUAUUGGUACAUCUCCACUUUAUACCCUUUCUACUAUUUUUGCUAAAAAUAAAUCACCUACAAAACAAGAAGUUACAGGUGUCCUAUCUUUAAUAUUUUGGUGCUUCACAUUAUUGGUGAUAGUUAAAUAUGCAUUUAUUGUCUUACGAUUAGGUCCUAAUAAUGGUGAAGGUGGACAAGUUGCCAUAUAUUGUAAAAUUUCCAAUAUUUUACAUACGGGCCCCAUGGGGGUUAAUUUUAAGGAUGAUGAUGAAAACAACGAAAAUUUACUUUCAUUAAGUAGAACAGAAACAAGAGGAAGUUAUGUCAGUACAGACUCGUUCUUCCAAUCAAAUAAUUUUAGCCUGUUAAAAAAUAAAAAAUAUAAGAAGCUUUUUGCUACUUUUACUUUAGGGUUAUGUUUUCUUGGUGGUGCUUUAGUGAUAUCUGAUGGGUUAUUAACUCCAACAACAUCCGUAUUAAGUGCUAUUGAAGGUAUUGGCUUAGUGGUCCCCUCAUUUGAUAACAAGACCAUGCCAGUGUCUGUUUGUAUUUUAGUUGUAUUAUUUGCAGCACAACCUUUGGGGUCACAAUAUAUUUCAUUAGCCUUUUCACCAAUCAUGGUAACUUGGUUUGUCACUAUAUUCGUUAUUGGUUGCAUAAAUAUAUCAAAACAUCCAAGUGUCUUCAAAGCUUUAAACCCAGCAGAAGCAAUAUAUUAUCUACGAGACCGUCGUUCGAUAGAUGUCCUAGGGUCUGUCAUGUUGUCACUAACUGGUUGUGAAGCGAUGUUUGCCGAUGUUGGUCAUUUUUCUGCCUUAUCAGUUACAUUGGCAUUAUGUUUUGUGGUAUACCCAUCACUGAUGUUAAUGUAUCUUGGGCAAGGUGCAUACUUAUAUGAUCAUCCAGAGGCAAUUUCAAGCGUAUUUUUCUUAUCUAUUCCAGGUGGUAAUUCAACGGGAUUCUAUUGGUUUGUCUUUAUUUUUGCUACUCUAGCAACUAUUAUUGCCUCUCAGGCUUUGAUCCUUGGUGUCUUUUCGAUUAUUAAACAAAUGAUUCAGAUCGAUUGUUUUCCUCAUUUUAAAGUUUCUUACAAAUCUGCAAAGAGUUCAGGGACUAUUUUCUUACCUUCCAUUAAUUUUUUACUGAUGAUUUGUGUCGUCUUAACAUGUGUUGGUUUUAGAAAAUCUGCUAAUGUUACAGCUGCCUAUGGGUUAGGGGUUUCCAUCGAUUUUCUUUUGACUACUAUUUUUAUCUCCUUAUGUAUGUUAACAUACUAUAAGGUCCAUUGGUUAGUGGUUUUAUUUUUCUUCCUCACUUUUGGAUCAUUAGAAAUGUGCUUAAUCAUAUCAAACUGCGUAAAAGUACCACAUGGUGCUUGGUUCACUAUAAUGGUAACUGCCAUAAUGUUUUCCUUUUUUGUAUUUUGGAGAUGGUGUCGUGUAAUUAAAAUAAAACAGGAACGUAGGGACCGUAAAAGAUUACAGGACAUAUUAUCAAAAUCUGAGAAUAAUAACGAUCGCUCAUUUAUGCUAGGAGAUCGUAUCAGACAUAUUGACACCAAUGAGGUGUUUGUCAAACCAUAUCUUACAAAAUUAAAUCGUUACCCUGGUGUUGCCAUCAUGUAUUCAGAACUUCCAUCCUUGGUUAAUUCAAAUAGUACAGUUCCAGGAUUAUUUGGAGAUAUCUGUAGGAAUUUUCCUGCUUUGCCUGAAUGUUUCAUUUUUGUUGCUGUAAGGACUGCAAAAGUGCCAUUUAUUCCUAUUGAAGAGCGUGUCAUAAUUCAAAAAAUUAAUCAUUUCGAAGGAUUUUAUAAAUGCAUUAUUCGUAUCGGAUUUAUGGACACUGUAACGAUGGAUACACAUAUGAAGGUUCAAAUAAUAAGCAAAAUAAAAUUACAAGGUAUAUCAAGUAGUGAGAAGAAUAGCCCUAUUAGAUUCAUUCAAAUUUUUGGUAAGGAGACAAUCAGAUCUGGAAACCGUAUAGAUAAAUUGAAACCAAAAAACAUUUUCCCUUGGGUAUGGCGUGAAAUAAGAGGGUUUGUAAUCGAAUGGGUAUUUUUCCCACUUAAUGAACUUCAAUCAAAGGCAGUUAACAUUACAUCAAUGACAAAUAAAAAUAACGACGACAUACUACACAUAGGAAAAGAAGUUACCAUAUGA